AUGGAUGAGCCCAGUUUAAACCCCGCAACACUUGCACCAGUGUCCGAAUCGAAGGCAGGAGAGCCUCGCAUGUCGUUGAAUGGCAUCGUCGGUGCUAAAUUAUGGGCACGGAGACGGAAGAACUCUCUUUUCAUUCCACAUCGAUCUGAAAACGACAUUGGAAACUCUUUUCUCUCCCACGCAGACUUUCCAAAGGCCAGGGCAAAAUCAGUGACUGCGUUGGGGGUCCAGAAGAAAGAAGAGUUUAACAAACAAGGAGCGUACAAAAUCCUUGAACAAACAAUGAACACGGAGUUGUCUUUUAAGAAUUAUGACGCUAAAGAAUGCUCUGCCUCUUCGCAUAAAAUUGCCAAGCUAGCAAAAGAAAAGAUCUGCAGCACAUAUGAGCUGACCGGAUGCAAAGUCAUCUGUUUGUGUUACAUCACAAAACGGGCCAAGCCCUCGCUUGCGAUCGACAGUGGAUGUGCGUGGGACGAGCUGAAAAGCACCGUUGAAAAGGACGCCUUUGUUGAUUUCGUUUACAAGAAUCAAGACAUCGUGGCUGUCGCCUCAGUGUUUGUUAUUCACUGCCGCAAGAUGGGUUCCAAGAAAACCGCAGCUGACCUCUUAGACGUUCCUACGAAGGCAGGGGGCGCGUCGAUAUCUGAGCCUGCACGAAAACGAAAGGAUAGUAGUGUCUUCACGAACAUGCCCCAGCUUCAGAGAGGUGAAAUGAUGCGAUAA